GUCCCGGCACAACUGUCGUUCGUGUAACAGCGAGCCGAAACUCUCCGGUGCUCGGGAAUAUACGAUCAGUGCGAGGACUUCGGAUAGAAACGCGAGAACAGUGCGUGGAAUAUUAGUAUCAAAGAAUUUAAAAAAAAAUUGUGUAAGACAGCGCUUAUUAUAAAAACUGAAUUCGGAAAGAAAGAUCCUUCAAUUUACACUCAACCCGAGUUUAAAAUACAGUAAGUUAAGGAUUCAGUGUUUUAAACGGGAUUCGAUUUAAAAUUGAAAUUGACGUCUAAUUGGGCCUGAUACGAAUUUGAAUUAUGAUUUACGAUCGCUGUGUGAGAGACUGUGAAUUGUAAUUAGGCGAGCGAGACAGGGCAGCCUGUCGGGCUCUAAUUGAAGAACCGAUAAAGAAAGUGGAUCCAGCGAUCGUAUGAAGUGCGUUCACAGAGGGACGAUACGAAGAAGAAGAGGAAGAUGCUGAUACUUAGGCUAAUUGUGGUGUCGAGCCUCUGCUGGAUGGCCAGGUGCGACUUAUUGGACCUGUACGUCCAACACAUGGACGAGACCAUGAGAACUCUGGCCUACAGGAGCGGCAAGCAUCAUCCGAGGGACAUCGCCUCGAGGAUAAAGAGAAGCGUGAAAGAGGAACCGGCACUCCUCAGGGUCGGUACAUUCAAGAAGCAGCGGCUGGACGUAGAUAAAGAAUGGUACGCCCAGUGGAAGGCGAAGAGAAAGAUCCCUUACAAAGACGACGGCCUGGACUACCCUAAUUCCAGGGAAGAGAACUUAAAUCCGGAUCAACACGAGUUGGUCCACGACGCGAGUCGAGUCUUUGUCACAGAGGAAACUACGAGCGCGGAGGAGAUCAAUGAGACCGCGAACGCGUUCGACGUCGAGCUUCGUGCUAUAGAUUCUUCACGAUUGAACGAUACCACGUUGUCUGAUAAACAGUCCAUCGAAGAACUGGAUAAUCGCGAAUCAAGGGAAGAUACCACGCAGACGAUGUCGGACUUCGAAGAAGACGUCGAACUCGGGGGCAAUUCCCAGUUUGAGAUCAUCAGCGAGACUGGUACCGCGGGACCGAAGCUCUUCGACGAUCCGAUUUUUAAAGGAACGCCGAAGUCAAGAGACAGAGUGCCGAAGAAGUACGUUCCACCGAUAGACAAGCUGGCCAAGUUGCUUCGUGGAUCCGCGGACAACAGGCCCAAGAGGAGUACGAAGAUGCCGAAGUUCACCAGACACGAGAAGCUGGACGACGACGGUGAGGUGGUACUCGAAUGGGACCCGACCGACGAGGAGAUGGUCACGUUCAAGGUAACCGCGAAAACCUUGGGAUACGUCGGUAUCGGAUUCAACGACAAGAACCACAUGAAGGGAGCUGAUAUCAUCCUAGCCUGGGUCGACGAUCACAGCGGAGCCCCCAAUCUACUGGACUCGCACGGGAUCGAGGACUCGGAGGCAGCCCUGGUCACGGACACGUCCCAGGACGUGAAAGUGCUCGAUGGGUCGCAGAACGAUACCCACACGUACGUAGUCUUCUCGCGGAACUGGCAGACCUGCGACCCUCAGGACCGGCAGCUGACGGGAGAUACGAUUCGCGUUCUAUGGGCACUCCAUCCGAGCGAUCCCGAACUGAAUACUGCUAUCUGGCCCGGUGACAAACGCGGCGGCAGAGCUUUAAGAUUGAAGACACCCCCGCCUCACGCGCCGCCCCAAUACACCCAGGACAUCAAGCACUGGGACGUGAAAUUAAAUCAACCGCCGGUUUCAGACAACGUGGACACCACGUACUGGUGCAAGAUAUUCAAGGCGCCGCAUAAGGAGAAGCACCACAUGAUCGGGUACACGCCGCUCGUGGAGAAGGAAAACGAAGACUUGGUUCACCAUAUAAUAUUGUACGAGUGCGCCUCGACUCUGCCGAUUUUAGGCCAGCACGCGAGGAUCGUCGGGGCUCCGUGUUACAGUCCGACGAUGCCCAGGGAAUGGGAAUCUUGUUUGCAGCCCGUAUUGGCUUGGGCGCGCGGCAGCAGAGGCGAAUGGCUCCCGGAACACGUCGGUAUUCCUAUCGCGGAACAUUCCGAGGGCUCGUAUUACAUGCUGGAGGUGCAUUACAACAAUCCAGAAAUGAGGAAAGUGGUGGACAGUAGCGGAGUACGGCUUCAUCUCACUCCGAAUCUCCGUCCUCAAGAAGCGGGAAUCCUGGUUGCCGGUGUGGCCGUUAGUCCUCUUCACUUGAUUCCUCCAAAGCAGAAGGAGUACGCCACAGCUGGUUAUUGUACUCCUCACUGCACGAACACGAUGUUCCCCGAAGACGGUGUGAACGUCGUUUCCGUGGUUUUACAUUCCCAUUUGGCCGGCAGGCGUUUAAGCUUGAAGCACAUUCGACAGGGCAAGGAGUUACCGAGAAUAGUACAAGACAAUCACUUCGACUUCGAGUACCAGCAGUCUCACACGCUCGGGAAGGAAGUGAAGGUACUUCCGGGAGACGAAUUGGUGGCUGAAUGCGUUUACGGGACGUUAGACAGGACGAAACCCACUCUUGGAGGAUACGCGGCUUCUCAGGAAAUGUGUCUAGCCUUCGUGGUGCAUUAUCCGAGGACGCCGCUCGCUGCUUGCUACAGCAUGACUCCGGUCAAACAUCUGUUCAAGACUCUUGGCGUGUACAGCUUCAAGGGUGUCAGCAUGGAUCAUCUGGAGAAACUUUUCUUAACCACGAGGACAGAUGCCGCGAUCCCUUCGUCUGGUCAACAGCAUCUGCCCAUCUACCCUGCCACGAGACCUGGCGAGGCAAUCGACGACGAUCUUCUUAUAAAGGAAGCGAAAUCAGCGUUGAGAGCUAUGAGAGACUACACAGUGGAAGAGGACAAUGAUAACGUAUUUUCGAGACUCAUCAUCGAGGAGCCGAAGGAAUUCAGAGGUCGUACUUUGGCUGAACAUUUGCUAGCGUUACCCUGGACAGAGGAACUUCUUGUAAGACCGAUCGAGCAAAGUUUAUAUCACGGCAGACACAUGACUUUCUGCAGGAAAAGAGACGAUAAACUUGCUUUGCCGGCAGAUAUUCAAACGUUCCCGAAUUACACGGCGUUGCCAGAAGUGAACGAGACGACGUGUACCGAGAAAGCGAUGCUGUCAGGAACAUCCACGCGUUUGUACUUGAAUUUAAUCGCGUUAUUAGCGGGCACAAUCGCGACGAUCAUCGUUUCCUAAGGUCUACCGACGUUUAAAGGAAUUCAGUGAAUUGUACAUUAAAUAAUUACGUAAACCUUCGCGUUCCGCUUAUCGAGUGUAGGAACUGUUCGAAACAGGCUAAACAGUAAGCGGAGGAACAAUGUAUGGGCGCCCAAGAUUUUCGAGAAAUCUUCACGGUCCACUUAUACAUAGAUUUUAUAAUAUAUACAUAUAUAUGUAUGUAAUGUAAUGUAAUGUAAAUAUGCGAUCUACAUAUUUAUAAGGUGUUCGCGAAACUGUAUUUUAUGUAAGAACUUUGUAUAAAAAAUAAAUUGAUCCGUAAUAUCUGUA